UAAUGCCCUCCCUCCGCCGCUGCGAGCCCUCAGUGUCUGGACCUAUGCUGUAGAUAGAUGGGCUAGAUGCCACACACCAUUCGCCUAAAGGUUGCACAGGUUGAGAGUUUGAUUCCGCCGUUUCUCUUCCUCUUCUUCUUGGGGCUUUUUUCUCCUCUGCUUGGAUACCGCUGACUUAAGCAUUGGAUAUGUGCACACAAGAUGAUGACAACCCCUUUCCUCCCCGUAGAAGUAAAAUAAAAUAGGCUUUCGCACACACUGGAUUUACUCCUGUCGUUCCAUAUGAAGAAGCCAAAAAUUUGGAUACGCGUCUGUGUCCAUUUACUGCUGUUCAUCACUCUUGGGGUACAUUCAAGUAGGUUUGACGUCAACCCAGUGACAGAUGACAUCUCUAGACUCUCUGUUUUGAGACAAAAUAUUCCUAAAGAUUACAAAAUUCCUGUGCACUACAUACCAAAAGACGAGGCAGGGAUGUGUUGGGUAAAAUUAAACGUCUACUACUUGGAGGAGAGUUUACAAGAUUUAGCACAUAAGUUUGGAAACAUUUCAUCGAACAGAAGAGAUAUUAGUAUAUUCAUCCAGAUGCUCCAAGAGCUGCGGCUCAACAUGGGGUCCGUGGAGAUGAUCAUGUAUGAUUUUGAGUGCCAUUACAGGAAAGAGAGGUGGCAGACAGCGCGAUACUUUGACUUUGUCAAAGACUUCCUUAUAGCUGCACAGAAUAAAGAAGAUUCAGAUGACUGUGAUCCUCCCCCCUGUCCCACCACAGCAUACCCAGUAACAACAGAAACAUAUAGAGAAUCAACACCGUCCAGCAGUAAAGUCUCAGAGUGUGAAACAGGCUGCGGACCACAGCGUGGCGACCUGCCUGGGGUGUUGGAGCAAAGCCUUUUCUCCUUACUGUUCAUUCCACUCCUAGCUCUCGUGUUCCUGCUUGUGUGGAAGGUCCGAUCACGGAGGAAUGUGGAGGGUCUUCAACAGAAUCCUGGAGAAGUUGACCUCUUCACCGGAACAGAAGCUACUGCACCUCCACUAGAUGCUGAAAUAUCGGAAAAAAACAAGUUGAACGUCAUUGAAAUAGUGUAACGCUUCUACUCUUCGAUGUUCUCCAGCAUAAUCGGGCUCUAUUCUUUUUCUCCUGGUGGUGUCAAAAGUGAUGAAAAAAAUACAGGAAGCUGAAUUCCAUAGAUAGUUCUCGAAGGUAAAAGGCCGUUUUUUGACUGCUCUCCACAUUAUCGGUUGCAGGGUUACAACUGCCAUGACUAAGAUCCUGAUGAACCAUGCCUGCUACCGUGUGGAUAAGCUUGCCUUUCUUGUAAGACUGCAUUUACCCCAUGCUUUUGAAAAAGACAGUGAGAUUUUGGCAGUGAGAAACCCCUGUACCGCACCCCGACUGGGUUCACGGGUUCCUGCGAAUCGUCCAUCAGAACCUGCUGCGUCAUGAACUCUUGGGGGAAAACGUUCCCCCCCCCCGUCAGCAAGUUGCUACAGACUGCCUGUGUUUUUGAGGCUCACCAGUUCAUCUUCAAACAGCAGAGCAGAGACAGACUGACUCUGGUUAUCUCUUCUAAGAACUGAGGCAUGAAUUACUACCUCGGGUCACACUUCAACAGCUCUACACAUUCCUCCUAGUCUGGGUUUUCCUAAAGAAUAUAAUGUUUAAAUUUGUAGUUCCAAGGUGUAGUCACAUUGUCUGGUUUUAGGUAUGUACCCACGGGGAUGUAUGGUGUAUUUAUUUAUUGGUGGCAGCACUGAGCUGCUGCUGUUGAUACAACUGAACUGUUUCAAGCUAUCAUUUAAGAGCACCUCUACUAAUGGGUCACAUUUAAAGAACAAUCUAUAUACUAUCACAUCAUAAACUCAACACACUCCUGAACAAGUUACAUUUCCUCGUAUGAUGUUGUCGGUAUAUAUGACUUAGGUGAUAAAGUUUGUUUGAAUGGAGAACAAAACACGUAUGUACAAAAUAUGCUGCUUUGACUAACUUACAUUUAGACCAUUGAAAUCUGCAAGCUAACGAGUAUCAGGGAUGACUUCCAGGAUUGUUUUCUGAACAUGCCAGACAAGAAUGGGCCUCCGAUAGUAAAUGUUAUCUCUACAAUGCCUUUAUUUUAUUAUUUCUAUUUACUUAUCUCACCUUUUACACUUGCAAAGCAAAAAGAAUGUUUCAGGGGAGAUUCUUGGCGGUCAUUCCUCGCUGAAAGGAAGAAAAACUCAAUUGAAAGAAUUGAAUUGAACAAGUUACACACUUUGUAAAAUGAGAACAGAGCAAUAUAAAAACUGCUAUAUAAUGUAACAUCAAACUAACAAUUCUUGACUGUUCACUCCAACACAUAUACUCUCGAAUCAAACCCAUUAGCUUAGACUGCUCUUUCAUAUGGUUUCAUCUGUUCUUACUGACUUUGCCUUUGUCCAGUAUCAGUGUUGUGCUUGCAUAAUAAAAACCUAUUAUAGACAAUCUGACAAAGCUAGUUAGUGCAUUUAUCAAGACUCAAAUGCUAAUGAAAUGUUGAAGGAUGAUACCACUGUUUAUGAAAUUCACAGACAUGCACCUUAGUUAUUUCCACAAUCCACAAAGAUCGGCACAUGGGAAUGCCAUGCAGGCCUCAAAAUCAGUUUUGCCUUAAAGUUCGCUAUAAUACACUGUCAAAGGGAGUCCACUGUCAUCUCCUUCACAUACUGAACGGUCGCACAACGGUAUCACUCUUCUUUUGUGAGCUUUAGAUUUGUUUCUCCCUGUGCAGAAACACAACCAACUGGUAGUCAAACCCAAUCAGUUGUCAUGAGGUUGUUCAUUCCCAGCUAUAUUAAAGCCUAAGCCCUCAGGCUCAUUCCAAUACAUUGUGCCCUUCCACGCCUGCUCUCCUUCAGGCACUCUCUGAUCUGAUAAGUUGUGGAGCUGGAGGGGUUUCCCGUAUCUGCUCUCACAGAUCUUUUCAGAGGUGUGAGAGGCAACGACAAGUCAUCUAAACAUGGUCGGUCUACCCGGAGCCGUGCUCAGCGCAACGCAAAGUAGGUCAAUAACGGAUUAAUGGUUUUCAAAAGAUCGUUAACGACAAUCAGUAAAAGUGGUAGGAGUGUGAACAGGGCACACUGGCUGUGACCUUCUGCAAAUAACUUACUAUGACAAAGUGGCAGGACACAAACAUCUGUUUCCAUAUCUAGUUUUUCUAUCAUGUUUAUGGUCUUACAUUGUACCAUGUCCUUUGGUUUUGUGCCUUGUUUGAUUGGUGUGAUGGACCCUGUGUGUAAAUGUCAAAAGCCUGUCUAUGUUUCUGUGUGGUAGCAGAAAGUGGAGAGAUCAUUACAGUGCAGAUUGAAAACAUCUCAUAACAGAUAUAAUCACCAUCCUUCAUUUUUAAAUAAACUCAUGACAGAUCAGUUGGCUGUGCCCAGUUAUAACAAGGAAACACUUUUUUUUAAAGAGCAGUAUGUGAAAACUCAUUGGUUGUGACAUGUCUCUACUGUGUGUUACAUUUUAGCUAUUGUUACCUUUAGGAAUGUUCAACUGGUAACUCCUACUGCUUGUUUCUGGGACUAUUUGAUGGGAAUUUGUCUUGUAGAACGAGGAGUAUAUUGUGCAAAAUUAAAUCUGUGUUUGAAAAAAAAUAUACCACAUUGGUGUUCAUACAAUUCAGUACCUUUCAUCAUCACUAGUUCGAAUUCUUUGGUGUGAUAGACUAUUGUUUGUUAUUUUAAACCGCGAGACAUUUUUAUUCAUUCGAAAAUGCAUUUUUGAAAAUGUUUAUUAGCAUUGUUGUGCCAUAUGCUUUAUGGCAGAUUAGAUCGGACUCUGUGUACCACAUCGGUUUGUGUACAAUAACUCUCCAAACAAUACUUUCAGAAAGAAUUCCUAAAAUGAGUGGUGUGGUAAACUACUGUUUUAAUCUCAAAUCCAUCUAUUCAAAAAUGCAUUUUUAAUCAAUAUUCAAGCAUUUUAUGUAUGGCAGUCUAGACCUGAGGCUUUUACAACAAGUAUCUCUUAUAGUACAUGCAGUCCCCAGUAUUCUGACAGAGACACAGGUUGCCACAAGCAAACUAACAAACAAGGUAUGCUCUGUCAAACGUUGCUUUUUAUACAUAGUCUAUGAAUAUCAUGAGCUGCAACAGGUCUAAGCUGUGAACAAUAAACUAAACAUGGUCUCCCAUUUUCCUGUCUGCAAACAGUCCAUAAUGUCUAUUGCAUGGAAGUCAGAAACACAGUAAUUACAUGCAUUAGCCGAGAGAAUGACUGCCCUUAAAUACUGUUCUUGUGUGGAUAGUUGUGUGGUCUGAGAGUGAGCACAGCUGCAUCCUGGACAGCGCUUUCGGGCUUGAGUGAUCCAAUCCAUCCCACUUCAGUGGGGGAAUCAAAUGGCUUUAGGCAGGAAAUAAGUCUGGGUGCCAAAAAGCAAAAUGUAAUUAUUGCCCGGUUGGUAUUCUGGGUGAAAACUCUACUGUUUUCUGUAUUUUUGUAUAAAUGUAAAGAAACAUAUAUGAGAUAUGAAUAAAGUACACGUAUCCAACUAUUA